AUGGGUCUUGAAGUUGGCUCAUUAAGCUUCAAACUUACAUCAAGAACCAACAGUUUCAAGACAUACAAUACUACGCACCAGAAUUCUCCCAAGAUUGAUCGGAGUACCACUAUGCAGAGGUCGUUGAGCUUCAACAGCUGGGAGAUUCCUAAAGAGACCAAGGCUGAUUCAGAUUUUGAGGUUUUGGAGAAGACAAAGAAGUCAACUCCCAACACUUUGAAUGGAAGAAGCUGUGAGAAAAUCUUAAUAGAGAAGCCAACAGUAACUCCACCUGAGCCUUUUGUGUUCUUCUCCCCUAAAUCGGUCACUGAGCUUGAUGCAGCUGCAACCACGGUACAAAAGGUGUACAAGAGUUACCGGACAAGAAGGAACUUAACAGAUUGUGCAAUCGUUAUUGAGGAGCUCUGGUGGAAGAAUUUGGAUGCUCCAGCUCAGAAAUUGAGCUCAGAGACCAAGACUGAUUCAGAUGUUGAGGUUCUUGAGACAAAGAAGUCAGCUCCUAACAAUUUGAAUGGAAGAAACUGUGAGAGAAUCCAAAUAAAGAAACCCACAGUUACUCCACCUGAGCCUUUUGUGUUCUUCUCCCCUAAACCGGUCACGGAGCUCGAUGCAGCUGCAACUACGCUUCAAAAGGUGUACAAGAGUUACCGGACAAGAAGGAACCUAGCAGAUUGUGCUGUCCUUGUUGAGGAGCUCUGGUGGAAGACUCUGGAUGGUGCAGCUCUAAAACUGAGCUCUGUGUCUUUCUUUGAAGAAGAAAAACAUGAGACCGCUGUUUCCAAAUGGGCACGAGCUAGAAAACGAGCCGCUAAGGUUGGUAAAGGCUUGUCAAAAGAUGAAAAGGCUCAGAAGUUAGCUCUUCAGCAUUGGCUUGAAGCUAUUGACCCACGUCAUCGUUAUGGCCACAACUUGCACUUCUAUUAUGAUGUCUGGUCAGGGAGCAAGAGCUCACAGCCAUUCUUUUACUGGUUGGAUAUAGGAGACGGCAAAGAUGUGAAUCUUGAGAAACACCCAAGAAGUGUUCUGCAGAAACAAUGCAUCAGAUAUCUAGGACCAAUGGAGAGAGAAGCUUAUGAAGUGAUAGUGGAAGAUGGGAGACUAUUAUACAAACAGAGCAUGACUCUGAUCAAUUCAACUGAUGAAUCAAAGUCGAUUUUUGUACUUAGCACGACUCGAACCUUAUACGUAGGGAUUAAAAAGAAAGGCCUUUUCCAGCACUCGAGCUUCUUAUCUGGAGGCGCCACAACCGCUGCAGGAAGAUUGGUCGCUCGUGAUGGGAUCCUUGAGGCUAUAUGGCCAUACAGUGGACACUAUCUCCCAACAGAAGAAAACUUCAAUGAGUUCAUAAGUUUCUUGGAGGAGCACAAUGUUGAUCUCACCAAUGUUAAGAGAUGUGCUGUGAACGAGGAGUAUUCGUCAUUCAAAUCAAAUGGAGACGAAGAAGAAGAACGAAAGGAAGUCUCAGAAGAAGUUGAGAUGCCUUCAGAGCAAGAAGAGAGAGCAAGAACGGUAUUUGAUCCUGCCAAGAGACUGUCUUGCAAAUGGUCAAGUGGAGUUGGUCCAAGAAUUGGGUGUGUUAGAGAUUACCCAAUGGAGCUACAGGCACAAGCACUGGAGCAAGUCAGUCUCUCGCCUCGGGUUUCGCCAGCUAAUUCUUACGGACCAAUUCCAUCUCCAAGGCCGAGUCCUAAAGUCAGGGUUUCUCCACGUUUAGCAUAUAUGGGAAUCCCAAGCCCUAGGGCUGUUAAAUGCUAA